AUGGCUGCUGCUGCCAACCCUGCUCCUGCAGUCGACCAGAAGGUCAAGCCUCCCAAGCCCGAUGAGGAGGCAUUCAAGAGCAGCUUGGCUGCAGCCGAGAAGGAACACUCGGCUGUUCAAGAGAAGCUGAACCAAAUCAAGGCAAAAAUCGAGACCGCAAAGCCCAACAACCAGGACUCCCCCACAGUCAAGAGACAACAGGAGCUCCAAUCUGAGCUUUCAUCUAUCCGUCAGAAGCAGCAGGGAUUCAAGGCCUCGAGAUCCAGCACCCAGGAGAAGAUCAAUGCUCUUGACUCGACCCUCAAGGCCCGUCUGGCCGAGCAGAACAAUUCCCGCAGUCGCAUGUCGUUCAAGAACGUCGAGGAUAUCGACCGGGAGAUUGCUCGUCUGGAGAAGCAGGUCGACUCCGGUACAAUGCGCUUGGUUGAUGAGAAAAAGGCCCUUUCGGACGUCUCGACUCUGCGCAAGCAGCGCAAGAACUUCGCUAGCUUGAACGAGGGCCAGAAGGUCAUUGACGACCUGAAGGCCCAGAUUGCCUCCCUCCGGAAGACCCUCGACACCCCCGAGGCCAAGGCUCUCAGCGAGAGAUACACGGAGAUCCAGAAGGAGCUGGAUGCCAUCAAGGCCGAGAAGGACAGCGUCUUUAAGAACCUCAACUCUCUGAGGGAUGAGCGCACCAAGCUGCAAGGCCAGCAGCGGGAGAAGUGGUCCGCGAUCAAGGAAAUUAAGGACAAGUACUACCAGGGACGCAGGGCGUACAAGGAGUACGAAGACGAGGCCUGGAGAGUCCGACGCGAAAAAGCCAAGGCUCAGCGCGAUGCCAUCGAGCACGAGAAGAAGAGGAAGGUCGCGGACAAGAAACUGGAGGAGGCCUCCCAGCCUGCCUACAGCGACGAGAUAUUCACUGCCCAGGGUCUCAUCCGUCACUUCAACCCAUCUUACGACUUCGCCGCACUGGGACUUGACGACAAGAAGGACCAGGGCUCCAACUUCCGUGCGGGGGUUGGCCGUACUGUGGAUGACUCCGACAUGAAGGGUGUCAAGAUUGUCAAGAAGGAGGACCGCGAGGACGACUACUUCGUUGGCACCGGCGGUAAGAAGGGCAAGAAGGGCAAGAAGGGUGGCAAUGCCAAUGCUGCUUCUGGCGCUCCCGCGGAGAACAAGUUCAACAUGAACAUUGGUAUCAUUGAGGAAUUCGCCAAGAUCAAGGUUGACCCGCCUAUGAACCAGGCUGAUGUUCCUGCGGUGAUUGAGAAGCUUGCUGAGAAGAUCACCGAAUGGAAGAAGAACCAGGCCAGCAAGACGGAAGAGGUAAGCUUACUUGAUACUGGGUUCCUCUUAAAGUCAUAUGUGCUAAUCCCUGCACAGAACAUCGCCAAGGCCAAGGAAGAGAUUGCCAAACUGGAGAAUGAAACUUCCCAGGCCGAUCAGCGUACUACCGACGAUGCUAAGAAGCCUGCUCAGCAGCACAGCGGUGUCAACGGCAAAGCUUCGGCUGAGGCCGAGGAGAACCAGGAGAAGGAUGCCGCUGCUGACGCUGCCGAGGAUUUGCAGAAGGCCUCGCUUGAAGACAAGGCAUAA